GUGCGUGUGUCUGCGAAUGCGCGUCUCUGUGUGUGUGUGCGCGCGCUGAGGACGCUGAAGGAGGCGCGCGCUCGUGUCACAUUCUUCAGAUGAUCCGCUAAUCGGCAGAAACACAGACAGACGAUCGGCGACAGACAGCAGCGGGCUCGAGAAUGCUGGCUGAAGAUGGACGUUCCUGAAUACCUGGAUCUGGAUGAGAUUGACUUCACUGAUGAUUUACCUUACUCGUCUAAGAGCAUUCCUGAGCUGUGCCGAAGACACGAUGGAGCGACCGACGACAGACAAGCUCCGUGCAUCAACUGGGCUCGUAGCGCGGCAUCACACGGCGGAGCGGGAAUCAAGCCCACGGGCAUCGCUGAUGUCUACAGUAAGUUCCGGCCGGUCAAGCGCGUGUCUCCACUCAAACACCAGCCGCAGGAGUCGGAGCCGGAGGCCGAGGGGAAGAGCGGCGAGCAGAGCGCCGAGGCCAGCAAAGACAAGAGCAGAGGCCUGCCGAUGAACGGAGCUGUGUUCGGAGAGCUGGAGCACUACGACCUGGACAUGGACGAGAUCCUGGACGUGCCGUACAUCAAGUCCAGUCAGCAGACGGCCACCCUGCCGCGAGAGAAGAGGAGCGGCGGCGGUAAAGCAUCAACGCUCACACACUCCGAGAGCCUGAGCCGCGGGACACAGUUCUGUGUGCUCUCGCCCGUCAGCUGGCCCCACAUGAGGAAGUCCAAGUCUGUGGAUCAGGACUAUCUCAGGGCACAGAGCGCUCACGGAUCAGAGCCGGACCUCGACAAAGCCGACGGCGGCCCGGACGCGUUCCCUCUUCAGCCGGCCAAAGGCCCGAAGCAGGACAAGCCCUGGAGAACGUUUGGAGAAGCUGACGAAGAAGCCAAGAAGACGCAGAACAUCCUGAACAUCGUGAGAGAAGGACAGAUCUCGCUGCUGCCUCACUUAGCGGCAGAGAACCUGGAGCGCAUCCGAGACGAGGACGGGAACAACCUGCUGCACGUGUCUGCGGCUCAGGGUCACGCCGACUGCCUGCAGCACCUCACCUCGCUGCUGGGCGAGGACUGUCUGAACGAACGCAACACGCAGCAGCUGACGCCCGCCGGCCUCGCCGUCAGGAACGGUCAUCUGGAGUGUGUGCGCUGGAUGGUGAGUGAAACCGAAGCCAUCGCUGAGCUCAGCUGCACUCGUGAGCAUCCCAGUCUCAUUCACUACGCCGCGAGACACGGACAGGAGCGCGUGCUGCUGUGGCUGCUGCAGUUCAUGCAGGAACAGGCCAUAUCUCUGGACGAGGCGGAUCAGAACGGGAACACGGCGGUGCAUGUGGCGGCUCAGUUCGGACACCUCAGCUGCGUUCAGACUCUGGUGGAGUAUGGCUCGAACGUGACGGUGCAGAACCAGCAGGGUGAGCGUGCGUCCCAGAAUGCCGAGCGGCAGGGUCACAGCACCUGCUCCAGGUACCUGGUGGUGGUGGAGACCUGCAUGUCGCUGGCGUCGCAGGUGGUCAAGCUGACCAAACAGCUGCAGGAACAGUCGACGGCUCGAGUCGCUCUACAGAACCAGCUUCAGCUGCUCCAGACCCACAGACCGCCGUCACCCAGCUCAUGGCCUGAGAUGACGCUCACGGCUGAAGUGUCUUCUGAGAGCAUCCAGAGAGACAUGGACUCGGACAGCGUCCACACGCUGCUGGGAAAAGAGCCGGCUGCCAGAGACAGGCAGACGGAUGGAGAGGCGGAGCCAGGGGCGGGGCCUGGAGCCGGACCAAUGAGACGGCUGGGGCCGGGCGAGAGGCGGGAGCUCAAGCUGGCGCGUCUGAAGCAGAUCAUGCAGCGUUCGCUCAGCGAAUCAGACGGUGACGCGGCAUAUCCUGCGGACGAGUCCAAGCAGCCCCGACCCGAGCGGCCCACGCAGCUGUCCAUCCCAGAGCCCCACGACCACAAGCUAAAGUUCUCCUUCGCUCACAGGACUUCCAAAUCCGUGGACGUUUACAACCCGUCUCCGUCGUCAGACCAGAGCGACCCCGAAACCAAGACCGAGGUGACGGGAGAGCUCCCCGACGGACAGAAGGUCACCACGAGUCCCAAAAGCGCCCUGAAGUCGCCGUCCUCUCGCAGAAAGACCUCUCAGAACCUCAAACUGAGAGUCACGUUUGACGAGCCGCCACGUAAAGACGGACCCGCACCCGACGCCAAAGUCCAACCUGGAAAAGACAAGCCGGAGUCGAGCAGACGAGCGUUCGGGACGCUCCGCUCUUUAAUGGAAACCCUCAGCGGGAACCAGAACAGCAACAACAACAACAACGCUGCGAAACACACCGGGACGCCUGGAAAGAAGAGCAAAAGCAAGACGAGCGCUGUUUAAAUCAGCAGGAAUUAACAUUACACAACAAUGAUCUGCAGAAGAAACUGGUGCGAAUCCAGACUGUUUAGAAACCUUGAAACUUGAUUACAUCAGUCUUUCUCACACUAGGUGCUUAACACACUUUCUUACAUGCCAGUUUUCAAAUAUUCGUUUGGCAAUACUGUGAUUUUUCUACAGGCCUAAUAAUCAAAAACAGGCAGAGAACGACGGCUGUAUAACGAAUGAACGAACGUUUAAUAAAUACGUUUAUAUGUCUUCUGUAUUGUUUUGAGUUAAAGUAUGGAUUUAUAAUUUAACUGUUAUGUUUGAAUGCAAGAAACAUUAUAUUAUUGGAAUCAUUGUAACGACAUUUGGAGAUUAAAAUAAAGACGUUUUCAGCUGA